CGGGUCUCUCAGUCUCCUCGCUGGCUGCCAGGAUGAAGGUCGGGAUCGCCGCGCUGAUCGCCGGAUUGAUCGGAGGAGUCGGGGUCCUCCUGUUCCUCGUGGCAUUCGGGACGGACUAUUGGCUGCUGGCGACCGAGAACUGCGGGGGCCGAGAGGGGCCGAUCACCCCCCCGGGAGAGAAUGACACCCAGGCGGACCUCGGCCCGGCGCCCCUCUACUUCCACCACGAGGGAUUCUUCUGGAGAUGUUGGUUCAACGGCGAGGAAUUCCAGGAGACCGUCUGGAACUUCUGGUUCACCAGCCAGGCGCACCCCAAACACUGCAUAGAGGGCUACCUAUUCCCUAUGCCCAUCGCCCAGGGGCCCGUCCCCCACCCCUCCUAUGACCCCACUGCAGUGUACAGAGGCUUCUGGACGGCGUUCAUCAUCCUCGCCGUUGCCUCCAGCGUGGUGGGCGGGCUCCUGCUGGUGUGCGCUGUGCCCUUCGCCGCCGCCCAGCUCUAUAAAGUAGGAGGAGGAUUCUUCAUCACUUCUGGCGUCCUGCUGGCGUUCUUGAUCGCCCUUUUCGCCCUGUGGAAAGAGUUCGCCGCCGACCUGGAGCGGUACAUCCUGCUGGAGCGCGCAGAGCGCUGCGCGCCGGACUCUCACGUCCACGUCUAUUACGGAUGGUCGUUCAUGUUCGCUGCCGCCGGGACCCCCCUGGUGCUGCUCUCCGGCCUCCUCUUCUUGUGCGCGGGCCGGAGCAUUCACGUGGAAGAGAAAUAGGCGACGCCGGCGGAGAGAGCGCCGAAGAUUGCAGAUUUUUUUUUUCCAAAGCCGCGGAGGAGAAGAGAACUUUUUUUUAUGUCCGUAUUCAGAAGUCACCCGCUGUGCCGAGCUGAUUUAAGAGUCAGAUAGUGGACCGGGUUUGGCGUGGCGGGGGGCGGACGCAGAAUUAAAUAUGGCGUACGCGCCCGAGAGCCGCCAUCGCGCGCCGCUAUAAAGUGUCUGAGAGGAAGUAUUGUGUGAUUUAUUUCUAUGAUUCUGUAUUCCAAUAAAAUCUCACAAAAUAAA